AUGAACGCUCUGGAGGGAAAAGUUGCUAUUGUCACCGCAAUUACAUUUGUAUCCAAUACAAGUGAGCCAGCUGCAGCAGAAAUUGUCUCCCAGAUCGAGAGUCUUCGGAACGGGGCAAGUGCAAUCAAAAUACAAGUCGACAUCGGGCAUAUCGACGCGCCUCGCAUCAUCGUUGAUCAAACACUAGCAGCAUUUGGCCCGAGCAUUGAUAUCCUGGUCAACAAUGCCGGCACAAGUGUGAGAAAGCCAUUCCUCGAAACAACUCCUCAAGACUUCGACCAAAGCAUCAAUGUGAACUUGCGAGGGCCCUUCUUUCUUUCGCAAGCCGUCGUACCCCAUCUUCGUCGCCCGGGGCGAAUCAUCAACAUCAGCUCCAUCGUCUCGCGUAGCGGUGGGCCCUUGUAUGGUGUCUACACUGCAUCCAAGGCUGGAUUGGAGGCCUUCACACGAUCCCUGGCUGCCGCUAUCGGCCCCAGCGGUCAUAGUGUUAACUCGGUUCUGCCUGGUUUGACAGAUACGGAUAUGCUGAAAAGCCUGACGGAAGACGAGGAAUCCGCCAACUAUCAUCGAGAAGUUGCAUCUAUAACGCCAAUGGAAGGACGGGUCGCGUCCGCAGACGAGAUCGCGCGCGUCGUCACGCUCCUUGCGAGUCCACAAAGUCAGUGGAUAACGGGGCAAUCUAUCAGUGCUACAGGUGGCUUGCUUAUGCUAUGA